AUGGAGAGCCUGCUGGAUAAUCCCAUGAAAGCUGUCCUUUAUCUGAAAGAAUUAACCACGAUAGUGCAAAACCAGCAGAGUCUAAUACAGACACAGCGGCAGAGGAUUGACGAACUCGAACGAAAGGUCGAGGAGCUGAUCGGGGAGAACCGACAGCUGAGAGACCCUCACCAGUACCAUCAUCAUCAUCACCCGUCUCCUCGAAGCCCCAGUCCUCAGGCCCCCGUUCACCUGCAUCAGCACCCGGCCCCCAGCAAAGCCGGAACCCUAGGCCAGUCUCCGCAACAGCAUCCCGGUCUGUCUUCACGGCCACCGCAGCAUCCUCCUCCUCCUCCACCGCCGCUUCAUCACCCGCAGCAGCUGCAGCUCGUGCCCACAUCCCCGCCGUCACCAAAGGCGAGUCAGUCCAGUCCCGAAUCAGCGGAAGAGGACAAGAGGAGCCCCUGCUGCAAGUCUCUGGUUCCGCAGACGCCCACGACUCUUUGCCGCUCCGUCGGACUCGCCAGAAAGGCUGAGAACCAAACUGUUCUGCACCAGUUCUGCUGCCCUGCCCCAGACGCCCCAGAAACUGAAACCCAGGCUUGUGUCCCCAGUGAAGAGGCCUCCCCUCCAGCAGUCUCACCUGAGGUGGCGGUUACUUCGCUGCCAGAGGUUGCAGGGGAGGUGCAGGAUGGAGAGAGUGCUAAGCCUGCUGACGGAGGUGGAGGGGAUGGCGGAGGAGUGCAGGAAGAGGUCGCAGUAGUGGAGGAGAAGACGGAGGGUGAGAAUGAGACAGAGGAAGAGAAGCAGCUGGAGCAACAGCAACCACAGCAGGAGGAGAAAGAGGAGCAGGAGGAGGCCAGGGGGGGCACUGGUAGAAGGCCCAGCCUACACCACACAGCCUCACCCAUGAGGGUCCAAAGGAACGGUACCUGUGCUCACUCUGCCGCAUCUGACUACGAGCUCUCGCUCGACCUCAAAAACAAGCAGAUCGAAAUGUUAGAGCACAAGUAUGGGGGCCACCUCAUCUCACGCCGCGCCGCCUGCAAGAUCCAAACGGCUUUCCGCCAGUAUCAGCUCAGCAAAAAUUUUGAGAAGAUCCGCAACUCACUCCUCGAGAGCCGCUUGCCUCGUCGCAUCUCCCUGCGCAAAGUGCGUGUGCAGAACGCCGAAGGCUUCUCCGCCGAGCGGGCACUGGCAGAAGGCUGCAGCCUGGCAGGCAUUCCUUUGGUUCGGUCCCCAUCACUACCAGCCACCGUGGGCGGCACCCUCACAGACCUGGAGGACUCCUUCACAGAACAGGUACAGUCGCUGGCUAAGUCAAUUGACGACGCUCUGAGUAACUGGAGCCUAAAGACCAUGUGCUCACUGCAGGAGGGUGGCACCUAUCAGUUUAGCUCUGAGGCCUUCAGUGCUGCAGGGGGCAGCACUGGGAUGCCUGGGUCAGGUGGGGAGGGGGGCUCCGAUGACCCUACGGCACUUCAGAGUGGAUCAGGUCAGGUGGACAACCCUGAGAACAUACCACGGAAUGCCAGCAAGUUGAUGAUGGCAUUUCGAGAUGUAACAGUGCAAAUAGACAGCCAGAACUUCCGUAUGUCCUCCUCUGUUAUGGAGUCCUCCACCUCUGUCUCCCUUGGCAACUGUGUUCAACAGGCAUGUGCAGUGAGUGAAAAGCCCAAACAGCCCCCAGUGGACGAAUCUGCAAAAGAGGAACAACCACCAGCACCCCCCGAAGAGGAGCCAACUUCUCCUCCAGAGCUAGAUGAAGGAGAAGUCCCAGAUGGGGACUUCCCAGCGCCCCCGCCCAGCGAGAUGCUUGGGGAGGAGGCAGAGCAGCCCUCUCUUGCUCUGGGGAAGGAGGAGGCUUCAGCUCCAGGCCAAGAACUUGGGAGCUCAGGAGAGGUGGCAGAGGCCAACCGCUCCCCACUGUCUUCAGAGACCCCAGCCACUCCUGCUGUGGAGGUGCUGGAGGCGAAAUGCAGUGAAUCUGAGAUAGCAGACAACAGCUCGGAGCAGAUGAGUAGCAGCAGCACGUCCACAUCAGCACGCUCAGCCUCAGAAGCCUCCUCCAAAGAGGCCCUGCAGGCCAUGAUUCUCAGCCUGCCACGCUACCACUGUGAGAACCCAACCAGCUGCAAGUCACCCACCCUCUCUACCGAUGUCAUGCGCAAACGUCUCUAUCGGAUCGGCCUCAACCUCUUCAACAUAAAUCCAGACAAAGGCCUUCAGUUCCUCAUCUCCCGAGGAUUCAUCCCGGACACACCCAUAGGCGUGGCUCACUUCUUGCUGCAGAGGAAGGGGCUGAGCCGUCAGAUGAUUGGUGAAUUUCUUGGAAACAGCAAGAAGCCCUUCAACAGAGAUGUUCUAGACUGUGUGGUGGAUGAGAUGGAUUUUUCCGGAAUGGAGCUGGAUGAAGCUCUGAGGAAGUUUCAGGCCCAUAUCCGGGUUCAGGGAGAAGCUCAGAAAGUGGAACGGCUAAUUGAGGCUUUCAGUCAGCGGUACUGCAUGUGCAAUCCAGAUGUGGUGCAACAGUUCCAUAACCCUGACACCAUCUUCAUCCUUGCAUUUGCCAUCAUCCUCCUCAAUACAGACAUGUACAGUCCCAACAUCAAACCGGACCGCAAGAUGAUGCUGGAGGAUUUUAUCCGGAACCUUAGAGGCGUGGAUGAUGGAGCAGACAUCCCUCGAGACAUGGUGGUAGGCAUUUAUGAACGCAUUCAACAGAGAGAGCUACGCUCCAAUGAAGACCACGUCACCUACGUCACCAAAGUGGAGCAGAGCAUCAUGGGCAUGAAGACUGUUCUCUCAGUGCCCCAUAGGAGGUUGGUAUGCUGUAGUCGCCUCUUUGAAGUAGCUGAUGUCAAUAAAGCCCAGAAGCAAGCCGCUCAUCAGAGGGAGGUCUUCCUCUUCAAUGACCUCAUUGUGAUUUUAAAGCUGUGUCCAAAGAAGAGGAGCUCUGCUGCCUACACCUUCUGCAAAGCAAUGGGUCUGCUGGGCAUGCAGUUUCACCUGUUUGAAAAUGAAUACUAUCCUCAUGGGAUAACUAUCGUGUCACCUUACUCGGGCUCUGAUAAGAAACAGGUCCUGAACUUCUGUGCUCAGAGUGCAGAGGAACUGCUGAAAUUUGUGGAAGACCUGAAGGAAUCCAUCGCAGAAGUGACAGAGAUGGAGCAGAUACGCAUCGAGUGGGAGCUUGAAAAGCAGCAGGGUGCAAAACCACACUCGGCCAAGAACAACGGCACUCAGCUGGAGAUCAGAGGAAAGCAGGGUUCUCCGUCAGGCAUACAGGAUGUGGAUGAGAAAAGUGGCCACAAUGCCGUGGAGGUGUCAAUUCACAACAGGCUUCAGACGUACCAGCUCAGCGCACCACGGAGCCCAGAGAGCGUCGCCCUUCUUAACCAACGAGGGGAGCUCUACCAGCACCACCAGCGUCAACCGCAGCUGCAGUCCGCCACGGCCACGCCUGCCCAUGCCCACCAGACCGUUCCUCUGAAUGACCUUCGACCUGACUUAAGGCCCGACACGCUCAUCCAAUGCCAGCAGAUUGUCAAGGUGAUCGUCCUGGACAAAGGUGGCCAUGGUCGGGUGGAGGCUUUCCUCGGCCACAGCCCCACCCAUCACCAGCUCAUCCAAUCUGUCAUUUCUACCCCAGUCAGAUCCCCUGAUGGGGGUGGAUCACAGGGAAAGGACAGUUCACAGCCCCCAUUGCCUCCACCACCACCCCCUUACAACCACCCCCAUCAGUACAUUCCCCCUGACCCCCGCCUUGCGCUUCAGAGGACCCCCAGUGGCUCGCGUAGUCUAGUGUAG